AAGUGAAGGUGGCCCCGAGUCGCCCCUCCUCCUCCUCCUCCUCCUCCACUUCCAGAGAUCUUCCGGCUUUGGCCCCUUAACGGGCCGGCCGUAGAACGCCCUCCGCGCCGCGCCUGAAGCCUCGGGAACCUGGAGUGCCCAGGAUGGCCCUGCAGACGGACAGACUCCCAGCCCAGGAGGUGGUGACAUUCCGGGAUGUGGCUGUGGACUUCACCCGGGAGGAGUGGCGCCUCUUGUCCCCUCCCCAGAAGGAGCUGUACAAGGAGGUGAUGCUGGAGAAUGCCCGGAACCUGCUCUCUGUGGGAGAGAUCAUAUUUGAAAUGAAGGUGAAUUCAAGAGAAGUGAGCCUUCCUUUGGAAGAAAUGGACCUACAAAGAUUCAUGAGUGAUGGUCUUGUUAACUUUGCUUACAGGAAGUUCUAUGUUGCACCUCAAAAUUCAUCUCAUAAGGAAUAUCAAAGAAUGUACACUGUGGAAAAAUCUAUUGAAAAUAAUCAUUGCAGAGAAACUUUUAUGCACAGGGCCUGGUUCUUUGGACAUCAGAGGAUCCACACUGGGGAGAAAACUUAUGAAUGCAAGCAAUGUGGAAAGACAUUCACAAAAAACUCCAAUCUUGUAGUACAUCAGAGAGUUCACACUGGGGAGAAACCUUAUGAAUGCAAACAAUGUGGAAAGACUUUCCAACUGAGCUCCAAUCUUGCUGAACAUCAAAGAAUCCACACUGGGGAGAAACCUUAUGAAUGUAAGCAAUGUGGAAAGACAUUCAGUCGUCACUCUGUUCUUGCUGUACAUCAGAGGAUGCACACUGGGGAGAAACCUUAUGAAUGCAAGCAAUGUGGAAAGACAUUCAGUCAUAGCUCUGGUGUUGCUUAUCAUCAGAGAAUGCACACUGGUGAGAAACCUUAUGAAUGCAAACAAUGUGGAAAGACAUUCAGUGAUAGAUCUGGUCUUGCUUCUCAUCAGAGGGUCCACACUGGGGAGAAACCUUAUGAGUGCAAGCAGUGCAGAAAGACAUUCAGUCAUAGCUCUGGUCUUGCUUAUCAUCAGAGGAUGCACACUAGGGAGAACCCUUAUAAGUCUAAGCAAUGUGGAAAGACAUUCAGUCAGAGCUCUGAUCUUGAAUAUCAUCAGAGGAUGCACACUGGGGAGAAAUCUUAUGAGUGCAAGCAAUGUGGAAAGAGAUUCAGUUAUAGCUCUGGUGUUGCUUAUCAUCAAAGGAUGCACAAUGGGGAGAAACCUUAUGAAUGCAAGCAAUGUGGAAAGACAUUCUCUCAGAGUUCUGGACUUGUUGUACAUCAGAGGAUCCACACUGGGGAGAAACCUCAUGAGUGCAAGCAAUGUGGAAAGACAUUCAGUCAUAGCUCUGGUCUUGUUUAUCAUCAGAGGAUUCACACUGGGGAAAAACCUUACGAAUGCAAGCAAUGUGGAAAGACAUUCAGACAUAGCUCUGGUCUUGCUUAUCAUCAGAGGAUGCACACUGGGGAGAAACCUUAUGAAUGCAAGCAAUGUGGAAAGACAUUCACUCAGAGCUCUGGUCUGUCUAUACAUCAGAGGGUCCACACUGGGGAGAAACCUUAUGAGUGCAAGCAAUGUGGAAAGACAUUCAGGCAUAGCUCUGUUCUUGCUGUACAUCAGAGGAUGCACACUGAGAAGAAAGCUUACAAAUGCAAGUAAUGUGGAAAGACAUCCAGUCAGACCUCUGGUGUUGCUUAUCAUAUGAGGAUGCUCACUGGGGAGCAACCUUAUGAAUCCAAGCAAUGUUGAAAAACAUUCAAUGAGACCCCUUAUCUUUCUAUUUUGUGAAAGAAAUUUGCACCCCCAUUUCUGGGGCAACAUACCUAGUGUGAUCCUAAACUUGAAUCAGGUGAGGAUUAUGUGAUGGAAAUCAUUGAGUUAGGAUAGCAUGGCAGCAAUCAUGAGAUGAUUGCAGGGUGAUGUCCCCUGCAUAGCCCCCUGGACUGUGUGCCUGGGUGGCGAGUCAAAAUAGAAAGUCAUGGUUAACUCCUGAGAUGAAAUUUGUGGGUUAGUGGGCAGAGAAAAGGUUUGAUCAACUGAGGCAAUAGCAGAUAUCCAAGCUCUUUUCUUUCAGUUUUGUUGCUGGCUAAACUUCCUUGUGAGCAUGACUAGGGCACCUUAAUGGUGGCCACAAGAUUACAAGCUAAAUGGAGUAAUGAGGAAAGUAUAUCUCCUAUAUUUCCAUUCACCCUACCUUAGAUUAAAUAGUUUAGAGCCAGUCUCAUAAUCUUUCCUCUUAUACUGUACACCACAGAAACCGGAAAUUCAAUACAUUGCUAUCACCUUGCUCAGAAUCAGACAAUUCACUCUCUAAUGUCAAAAGUUCUCCUAAGAUUCGUGAAAAGAUUAACAAUAUUAAAAUAUGUAAAUAUAAAUAUGAAAUAAAAUUUAAAAAAUAAUAAAAUAUAUUAAAAUGUGGUCACCAAAAAUUAAUAUAUGUCAAUUUAAAAUUAAUUUUAUAGUAGUUUAUUUACAAAAGGAGAGAGAAUAAGAAUAGAGAAAUGAGAAAGGUCAGAGUAAGAAAUAUAGCUUAACAAGCUAGAUUAUUUGCUCCAGCCUUGGCUUUACUCAGGUAGGACUAAUUAUACUCUAUCCAUGAAGCCUUUUCUAAGAUUGAGGCCACUCCAGAGGCUAGUCCCUCCAGAAAACCAGGAAAAGGAGUCAGCCUUUUCACGUAUCCUCUCUGUAUUCCCAAGGGAAUGUCCAAGAGCUGCCUCAACAAUGCCCGAGUCUCAGGUCCACAAAGCCUCUAGCUUGAACUCCAAACUCCAAAGAACUACUCGUCACAGAAAGCUGCAACUCCUUUUAAAGACACUUCUUUGAGUUUCUUCCUGUGCAUUCCUUCUACUUCAUGUGGUUCAGUUGUAGCUUUAGCUUUACUUAGGACUGCCCAGAAGAUAGUCAUUUCUGAUUCAUCACCCACUUUAGCACAUGUGGGUCACAGAUUUCCCCCACUUAAAGAUAAAAAAGGGGUGUAUACACUUCUGUGAUUAAACCUAAAAAUAAACAGAGGAUAGCUAGUCCCAUCUUCACAAGGUCCCCUGUGACCAUUUGGGAGACUAGUAUCCCUAAUUGAUUAACAUGAUUAGCUUAUACCUCUAAAAAUCAUCUAACUAUAAGUGUAUGCAAUAUUGUACCUUCUAGGAGGAAACUAAAAUAGAGAUAAGAGGAAAAUAGGAGAGAGAGUAAAACCAGUGUUUUCUAGGCUCAUUGACAAAAAGUCAAUAGGGGGAACUCCCCUUUGGGAUAAGAGUGUACCUUAAAAAAUAAAUGUGUUCAACACCCUUCAGUUCAAUCAAUUGCACCCCAAAGUUCAUUCUGGGUCUUAUUGAUGCAGUGUAGGUCUCUGCAGUCAUCUUUCUUCAAACAGUUCAUAUUCUGGAAUCAAGGAGUUAGCAAGGUUCUUUCCCUGAAAUUUUUCUCAAACAAUUUUAAAUAGUGGGUUUUAUGACAAAUACAAUCUUGUUGAGGAGGUUGUUGACCAAUACCAAGAUCAACUCAGGAUACAUGGUUCAGUUAUGGGGUUUUAUGAGUCAAUUUAUCAAAAGAAAAGCCAAAGACAUGAAAAGAAAAACAAAUUUAAAAAAAAUUUUGGAGAAAAAGAAUUAAAAAUAGGAAUCAGAAUAUUAAAAAAUCUAUAUAAAAAUUUUCAGUAAAUAAUGAAUUUAUAAUAGAACUGUGUAUUAUGGUCCAAUUAAAGUAAUUUUGGUCCCACAAGUCUGUAUGACAAAAUUCAGUAAUCUUGCACUUUCCCAUUAUUAGCCAAGACUACACAAAGGUCCCAUAUUAUGAGAUUAAGAAGGAGUAGGUUUCAGCAGCAAAUGGGAACUAGCAUUCCCUGCCUUCAUUUUCCCUUUUCUCACAGGGGUAGGGUAGCCAGGAAUUGCCACUGAAGUGAGGUGCUUGGUAGAAUGUGGCACAGGGGAAGACCUGUGUCUGAUGUAGGUCAAACAGUCACAAUCUUGAACCCCAAAGAAGUUCAACUCCUCUUGGCGAAGAAUCUCAUCAAUCCCACUUAGAUUGGUUGGUCUCCUUGACUUUGUGCUUCCUGACACUGUAUAAUGGCUCUUUUUUUACCUUUUAUUGGAAUCAGGCCUAUUCAUUAAUCAUAGUCUCAUAACAUUCAUCAUUAAAUGGCAGGUUAUCAUAGUCUAAAGCCAUUGGGCAUGCAAUAAUAUUAGAACGGAUAUAUUUUUGGGCUUUUUACUGCAAAAUCAGAAAAAGAUCAAUAUUGAUUAUAUGUACUUUAAGUAAAAGAAAUAAGUAAAAGGGAAGAAAAGUCCAAAUAUUCUAUUAAAAGAAAAAGCAAUAAUAAAUUAAAAUUUCAGGAAUUCAAUGUAUUCCCAAAAUCAGUCUCCACUUGCCCAUGAAUUUUUAUCUCCAAUGCUUGUGACAGAAUAUAGUCAAUCAGUUUCAAUAGCAGGUACACUCUUAAAGUGAGAGUGUUACAAGGGAAUCACUUUAAAAGACUGAUAUAUAUUAAUUUAAGGUCGCCAAGGAAUCAGCUAUGUAAUUCCUAAAUGAAAACUUAAGUCAGCCGUCAAUCUUUUAUGGAGUUUAAUUACAAUAGGAGGAAGUAAUUAGAGAUAGAGAGAGAGAAAAGGGAGAGAAGGAAAUAGGGCUUAAAUACCCCUUCUGUUUCGGCUGGGCCAAAAGGCCCAAGCCCUUAGAUAGCUGGGGCAAAGAAAAGAGAUCAGUCCCUAUUACUCACGUGACCAAAAUGGAGAAACAGUCUCAGAGGCCCCCACCUUCAGCUUCCUUCAGAGCAAGCUUCUCCGAGCCCACACCGACCACACCGACCAACUACUCAAAAACCUCCCUUGGAGUCUUCAGACCCCCUAUCUUUAAGGAAACCCUCCAAGUUGCCUCCCCUCAGUCCUCACAUCUACCAAUCACCUGUCCAUCAAUUUCCCUGUGCCAAUGGAGGCUCUAGCUUAACCCAGGACCGCCCAGAGGCUUUGCACAUGUCUGUUGAAGGUCAUAUUUUCAAAUGAUUAAAUCUUUGCUCCUUUGCUACAGCCCUUUCUAAAUCCUGUUAGGACUGAGUAGGGUGGAGAUUGAUUCCAAGUAUCUCCUUCUAUCAAUUCUAAAAUCAAUCAUGACUCAAAGAAAUUCUUGACCUAUGCUUAAGCAUAGGUCAAAGUCCUUUCCAUUGUUCAGCAAAAGGUUUCUGUCCUAAAGUAAUCUUAAGAAGGGAAGAGAAGGAACCUCCCAUGCCAAUGGGGUUCCCAUUCCAAUAGACUAUCAGUAAGAAAUUUUCCAAGUAUGAAAUAUCCCAAUGGUGAAAUUUCCAACAUUUAUAAGUCUAAGGAAUUUUGAGGUUUACAAGAGCAAUGAAUCCAAGAUUCCUUUUCUCCAAUUUUUAUAGCUGUUGGGAGUGGUUAACAAUAUUUGUAAUGGACCUUCCCAGGAAUACUGAGUUGCUCCUGUGCAGUGGAAAUUCUUCAUGUAUAACUUGUCUACUGGGUUUUGGUCUUGAAGUGAAGAGUCUAUUGUUCCUCCUUGUACUGCAGCUCCAGAUUGAUGGAGUUCUCACAAUUUGUUCUGCAAUUCCUGUAUAUCGGAAGAAGUAGAAGUAUCUCCCCCUAAUAGUGAUGUAUAUGUAGGACUUUUGCCUAAAAGACUUAGCCUGUAUUGGGGAGUAUCCAAAAUGCAUCUCAAAUGGUGAGAUUUAUAGAUCUCCCAUAGUCCUGCUUCUAAAUUAAAUAGGUCUACAGGGAGAAUUUCAGGCCAUUUUAAAUGUCUCGGUUCAUAAUUUUCCAAUUAUCAUUUUAAGCUCUCUGUUCAUUCUUUCAACUUCACAUGAGUUCUGGGGACAAUAUGGUACAUGGAAUUUGGGAGUUAUUCCUAGACAAGAAUAUACCUGGGAUCAAACCGAAUUGGUAAAAUGACUUCCCAUGUCUGAAUCAAUAUGUGCAGGCAGGCCAAAUUGAGGAAUAAUCUCUGAAGUUCACCUUGGCAACAAAAGCCACUGUGGCUCAGGCAGUAGGAAAUGCUUCCAGCCAUCUGGCCAUUUGAUCCACCAUGACUAGAGAAAAUGUAUACUGUCCUGCCUUAGGCAAAGUGAUAAAAUCAAUUUGCAGGUGCUCAAAAGUUGUGUAAGCCAGAGGAUGCUGUUAAAAUUAUUUAUGGUUAGACUCUGAAUAUAUUAAUUAUGUGGUCGCCAGGGAUUUAAUUUCUAAAUCCCAAAAUGAAUUACUGAAGUAAAUGGAAUUUAUGGUAGGUUAUUUACAAUCUUUACAAUAGAUGGAAGAUGUUAAGGAAUGAGAGAGAAAGAGAAAACUCUGGCUUAUUCUGAUACUAAUUAGAAUCUCUAAGUUCCACCCAGGGGAAGAGUGUCUCAAGAAGAUGGGCUUUACAUGGAGGCUUCACACCUCCAGAAAAGAGGGGUAACUAAGUCAGCUUUUCACAUACCAAUGGUAACAGUCUAAAAAGAAGUCUGGAUGUUGGUCUUCUAGUCUCUCCAUCAUUCACUCCAAGCCCAAGUGACUGACUCUUCAGUCUUUUUUUCCUUUAUUUAAAGACCUUUCUCUCUUGCGUCACCUCCUCUAAAUUUUCACAUCUACCAAUCACAGCAGACACUUUUCUCCAGGACUGCCAAUUCUUUAGUUCUCACCUUCCUUGGUUAGAUCUUAUCUAUGGGUUACUUAAAUCCUCUUUUGUCAAGUUCACCUUUUGUGGAUACUUAACACCUUUUUGUAGUUAAAAUCUAAAAAUAGAUUGUAGCUUACAAUUCUAGCUUCACAACAAAGGAAGAGCUAAGUAUCUUCAUUGUUACAAUCAGGAGAUCGCUACAUCCAACCUUCACAGUUUGGGUAGUAGCUCUAGACCUUACUCUAGGCUUAUAUGAGCCAUCUGUCCUGCAGACUGCCUUGAGGUGGAACUUUGGGAUGUGUUUGGGCUUGGGCAAGGGCUCAGAACGUCCUUCUGUCCUGCACUGCGGCUUGGGGCCUCAGUGCAGAUUUCAGAUUUUAAGAGGUGUGUGGGAUUGCACUACUGUUGGCUUUGGCAGGGUCUCAGGGUCUUGCAGGCUUGGGCCCACGUUCCGAACCCUGAGUAGUAGAGGAUUUCAGACUCCCAAAUUGUUUUCUGAAGAAAAAUUGCUUUACUUUGUCCCUUUGUUGACUCUCUCACAGAAUUCAUUUUGAAGCAUUAUUUUAAGGGAUUUUUGAGAGGAUUUCAGUGGACUGAGUUUUCUUCUACUCUGCCAUGGUAACUCUAUCCACCUACUAGUCUUGUUUUGUGAGAAACUCAGAUCUUAAGAGCUUACUGAAGUGGGAAAAAGAAACAAGCAAAAACAUAUUUUUUUAGGGUCUGAUGGCAGAAUUCAAGGCUAACUUUGUCCCUGCUGUGCAACCUUGGAUGGAGAAAUGCACUUCUCUGGGCUUCCACCUUCGGUCCUGAGACUUGAUGAACAUCUAUGGAAAGAUUCUUUGGAGAUUAUGGCUCCAGUUUAAAGAGUUGCCUUUUAAGGAGGAAAUGGUAUUCUCAACAAUAGGCAGGAAUAAUGAGGUCUUGAUGGUUUUAUGAGGCUAUCAAGUGAAGAUGAGAAAAGCUAUUUGGUCUCUUCUGCUAAGAAUGGCCAGGGAACAUGAAAAGGGGCCUUGUAACUUGGGACCUUCCAUUGGAAUAUGGGCACCUGGUGAAGAAAUAAUAUUGAAAAAUGUAUCUUGGCCUCAAAAGAUGAAGCUAUUCAAAGGUGAAACGUAAAAAAAAGCCUUGGUUUCAUUAUGAAAACAUGAGUCUCUGCUACCUAUCUGUCUGCAGUGUAAGGAGGGAAGGGAGCAGCUAGAUAAGUUUUUGAAUUGUAGACAUAGAAGGUUCUAUCAGUCUGAGGAUAACGUGGCAUGGUGCAUAGAAGUCUGGGCUUGACACCAGGCAGGCAUUAAGUACUGAAUGUCACUUCUCAUACUAGCCAGAUGAACCAAAAGGGUGUCCUUCUCUGGGGGUUAUUGUGAAGAUCAAGGAGACAAUAUGGACGGUGAUUUUCACAAUUUUUGACAUGUAAUUUAUUGAUACAAAAUCUGAGAUUUCGAAGGGAACUUGGUAGGCAUAUAAGUCAACGUACAUAUACAUAUAAGAGUUUCUAGACUUUCUUUGUGCCAAGCAUUUAUUUGUUGAUCUGUUGAAGCCAAUAGAUCCCUUCUCAGAAUAAUGAUAGGAGGCACAAGUGGAUGGAGUGAUGGACUUGGGCACCAAGAAGAGUCCAGUUAUCUUUUAAAUUAAAAUUUUAACUACUCGUAUGAUCCUGGUUAAAGCAUAUCACCUGUGUUUCCCUCAGUUUCCUCAUCUAUAAAAUGGGAAUAAUAGUAACAUAUGCCUUCCAGAAUUGUUGUAUGAAUAAAAUAAGAUAAUAUUUGUAAA